UGAAGUUAGGUCUGCUGUUAUUGAUGUGGCCAGCUGUAACAUGAAGGUUAAGGUUUGAAAAGCAUCAAUGCCGGUGCAUUUAUUUACUUCUCCAAUGUGAAUGAAUUCAGUACAAUGACAGUCUUUUACUUGGAUGACUUUAUAGCCGGAUGGGUUGGGGGAGCAUCCAGUGUGAUUGUAGGACAUCCUCUUGACACAGUUAAGACCCGUUUACAAGCAGGCAAUAGAUACAAGAAUACUCUUCACUGUAUUGUAACCAUCUACAAAAAGGAAACUGUUGCAGGAUUUUUUAAAGGACUUUCUUUUCCACUAGCCAGCAUCACCCUUUACAACUCUAUGGUAUUUGGUUUCUUCAGUAACACACAGCGUGUCAUUAGUAAAUACCGCUAUGGGGAUGGUAGACAGCCGUCCAGUAUGCUUGACUUGACUGUAGCGAGCAUGUUGACUGGUCUGGUUUCGGUAGGAGUGGGUGCCCCGGUCGAUCUUGUCAAGAUUAGGCUUCAGAUGCAAACCCAACCUGUUCUUGCAGAGAACUUUAACCUGGCUGGGAAUGGCAAUGUUUCUAUUCGUUCAAUGGGAAUUCAGGCCCAGCCUAUGUACAGAGGGCCGCUUCACUGCAUCAGCACAAUCCUGCAAAAUGAGGGCAUCCAAGGGCUCUACAGGGGAGCGGGGGCCAUGAUAUUGAGAGACGUUCCUGGUUAUACCCUGUACUUCAUUCCAUACACAUUACUUUGUGACUUGCUAAAUCCUAAUUCCAGUGCCUCUCCACAUCCCGGCUCCAUAUGGCUUGCAGGAGGUUUAGCAGGCUCCCUCUCAUGGGUCACAGCCACACCGGCUGAUGUAGUAAAAAGUCGGUUGCAGGCGGACGCAAUGCAGCAGAGAAAAUACAAGGGCAUUCUGCACUGCAUCAUGCAAAGUUAUAAAACAGAAGGAAUACAUGUUUUCUUCCGCGGGGCAACUGUAAAUGCUAUCAGAGGAUUUCCAAUGAGUGCUACUAUGUUUCUUGGCUAUGAGCUUUCCCUCCAGUUUUUCCGCGGUUUAUAACACUUAGUGCUUUUAAAACACGCUAACUACAUGCUUCUGAAAAAACUUUGUUCAUGAUUUUAGGGGCUUUUUAUAGAAACUUACAUGUGACUUAUGUGAGUUCAUUGUUGAUACAUGCAAGAGUAUCAGUGAAGCUUUUAGGCAUUUCUUAUAUUAAGAAGAUUGAUUGAAAAUGGUACACAUUUUAAACAUUGUUGCACAAGUUUUUUAAUUAUAAUCAUUUUUAUAUUCAUAAUUUUUACAUCAGCCAUACUGACUUUUAUUUUGCUUAAACUUUAUGUAUUUGUAUGUACAGUAUUCUUCUUUUAAAAUCAAAAUCGUAUUAGCUAAUAAACCAUUAGCGAUUCAUCAUUUUAAACACUUAAAGGCUUAAUAUGCUAUUAAUGUGCUUUGGGAGAUUGUUGCUGCCUAUGCAAUAUAAGGCAAAUAUGUGAAUAAAUUAUGAAAUUAUUAAUUAAGUAAUAUACAGUAAUGUAUAUUGUUUGUGUUUGUAUCAUACUUUACAGAAUAUAUGUUAUUUCUUUUAAGAUUUUUUAAACUACUUUACUAUACUAUGUAAAGUGUUUUCAAAUGUUCAAAUAUGUUUAAAAAAAUAUUUUACAAACCUUUUUAUAUCCUCUGCUUUUGUCAUCUGAUUUUUUAAGAAAAUAUAUCAAAUUCAUAGAUGAAGAAAUGUAUGCUUUUGAAGACAAAUAUUGGCUUUGACAAGUUCUGAUAAAUAAAGCACUUUUUUGUUAUCUCUCUGAUUCACUAGGUGGCGUUGUACCACUACAAAUGUAUUAAAUUUAUCAGGAUAAAUGUAAACAUAUUUGGCAUGCUGUCCGGGCUAAGAACAUGCUGCUGUUAAGUUGCUGGAGGAGCUAGUAUACGCAAUGCAUUUUUUAUAUCUCAAUAAAGCAAGAAGUACUGUUAAA